AUGAGAGUUACAUGGCUGGUCUUCACGGCCGUUGCCGUAGCGCGACAGGCCCAUGUCGGGUCGAAUGGAGUUAUUCAGGGCCACGAGGCAUUGAAGAAUCCGGGGGUCACAGAAUGGCUGGGGAUUCCCUACGCGCAGCCGCCGGUCGACCAAUUGCGAUUCGCACCGCCCCAGCCCUACACACCAAGGGGUGUUCACAUCGCCUCGGACUAUGGGAAAGACUGCAUGUAUCCGGUGUCGAAGCUGGUCGACUAUCCCGACAAAACUCCACAAUUUGACAGCAUCUUCGAAGCCUUCGCGGCUAUUAAUAACAACACUCAAAGUGAAGAUUGCUUGACUCUGAAUGUUUGGUCCAAGCCAGACUCAAAUCAGCUCAAGCCAGUCUAUGUCCAUUUCUACGGUGGUAGAUGGACAAGUGGCACAACCAAUACUCCCUUUUACUAUGGAGGCAGAUUUGCCGAUGCAGAGGACGUAAUCGUUGUGACAGUCAACUCUCGCAUGAAUAUCUUCGGAUUUCCUGGUCUGCCUGGAAACCCUCCCAAUCUUGGUCUACUAGACCAACGUUUAGCCGUUGAAUGGGUAAAGCAAAAUAUAAAUGGAUUUGGUGGUGACCCAAGCCGCAUUACUAUAUCUGGCCAGUCCUGUGGAAGUGCUUCUGUUGAUUAUUGGGCAUACGCAUACCACUCCGAACCUCUAGUUGCCGGUUUGAUCUCGCAUUCCGGUACAGCCCUCAGCUUCCCGACGAAUAAUAGGACAACCGCAGCAAAGCAUUGGUAUACUGUGUCUGCCCAGUUAGGCUGUGGUUCUUCAGGGGAUGUGCUGCCGUGUAUGAGAAAGCAAAACGCGACCGCUAUUCUCGCAGCAGCUAGUGCAGUGAAAGUUCCAACCACAAAUCCUGCGAGGAAAUCUCCGGCUUUCCAGCCUACUGUGGAUAAUGUGACUGUUUUUGAGAAUUACACUCUUCUUUCGCAGCAAGGGAAAUUCGCCCGCAUACCCUAUUUGGUCGGGCAUAACGCCAAUGAAGCGGGGUUUUACAAGGUUGCGGCCUACGCCCAGGGAUCGAAGUUAACAGACAAGCAAUGGGAUGUCUUCAAUAUGCAAACGUUCUUCUGCCCAUCCAAUCUCGAAGCAGCACACCGAAGACGCCGACAUACACCAGUUUGGCGAUUUCGAUAUAACGCGGACUGGGAGAAUACCCGUCUUUACCCUACUAGUGGAGCAUACCAUGGCGUGGAGUUUAACAUGAUUUUUGGAGAAUCUGCUGAGAUUACCGGGAUUGCUGAGUCUGAUGCGCAGCGCCAGUUGCAGGGCCAGAUGCGUUCAACUUGGGGAUCAUUCAUCGCUGAUCCCCAACACGGACUAAAAGCCCAGGGAUGGCCAAGCUAUGAUCCUGAAGCUUCAACCCUUGUUGAAAUCGGUCUUGGUAAUCAUCCCAGCGUUUCUUUUGUAGACACAAAAGACUCCGCUCAGCGCUGUGCAGCUUUGCUAGCACAAAUAUGA